AUGUCUGUGUGGCGCCUAGCGACGCCGGCUGGGCGUCUGAUGCGUGGUGCUCGGGCGUACAGUGCACAGGCGGGCGAGACGGACUUUUACCACGUACUACAGGUGCCGAGGCAUGCGUCGAAGGCGCAGAUCAAGAACCAAUUCUACCGCCUAUCCAAAGAAUACCAUCCUGACGUGAGCAAGUCGGAGCAUGGCAAGACGAUGUUCCAGCGCGUGAGCGAGGCCUAUGCUACGCUGAGCGACGACCACCAGCGGCGUGCGUAUGACAGGACGCUGGGCGCGGUGCCGGCAGCAGCUGGCGCCCGGCCGUACGAGGCUGACAUGUCCGCCUCGUCGCAGUACGCACGCGCCCAGCAGGCCUGGGCGUAUCAGCGACGGACGCACCAGGCUACGCACACGGGCUCGCCGCGGUAUGGUGCGCGGACGCCCAGCCCGUCGAUGGACACGACGACGCAGCACUAUGCACGCAUGGCCGAGCGCGAGGCCAAGCAGCAGGAGGUGAGGCAGCGCCACGGCUCAUCGAAUGCGGCGCUGCAUGCUCGACCCGCGACCAAUUACCGCGCGUGGAGCGAAAAGCGGUGGAGCCACGAGGAGCGGCAGGCUGAGAUGGCGAGUCCGCUGGUGCGGUUCUUGCAAGUGGCUUCGGUGAUGAGCGCAGCUGUGUGGCUCAGCUACAAAUUACUAUCCUGA